AUGUGCUUUGGCAGCAAGCCGAAGGUAGAGGACAACCAUAACAACUCUGAUAGCCUCAACUCUCGUCCAGUCGACGCCAAACCAGCACAGAACGGCUCGAGCAAUAUGCCACCUUCUCAAAACGACAGCUACGGCUAUGCACCUCCACCAGGGCCUCCACCACAGCAUCAGAGCCAACAGACAUAUGCUCCUCCUGCAGGACCUCCUCCAUCUCAACAGAAUCAAGAGACAUAUGCACCGCCAUCCGGGCCCCCUCCUAGCCAAAGCCAUAACGUCUACAGCCCACCAGCAGGAGCUCCACCCUCCCACUCCAGGGAUGAAUAUGCACCGCCAUCCGGGCCCCCUCCUAGCCAAAGCCAUAACGAAUACAGUCCACCGUCAGGACCUCCACCCUCUCACACUAGAGAUGAAUACGCACCACCAUCUGGCCCUCCUCCAAGCCACAGCCAUAACGAAUACAGCCCACCGGCAGGACCUCCACCCUCCAACUCUAGAGAUGAAUACGCACCACCGUCUGGCCCGCCUCCAGAUUACAGCAGUCCGCCGGCAGGACCUCCACCCUCCCACUCUAUAGAUGAAUACGCACCUCCUCCAGGGCCGCCUCCACCCCAACACGAUUGGCAAACGGCAGUUCCUGACAAUUCGCUGCUACCCCCUCCUCCAUCCCUAGGGAACGAACGGAGCACAACAACCAAUGCCACCGAACAAGAAGCUGAGCAAGGCGAAGCAUGGUGCCAACAGAACCCAAUGACUGGCCCAACUACCAUCCCGCAAGAAACAUUGGCAGCGGUAGAUAGAGGCGAGAUAGGCGUUGUGAACCCCCGCGGCUACCAAGGAGAGCUUAACCCAUCACGCCCAGCAGGUGUCUGGGCGGUCAAGAGCAAAGCCAAAAGCCCAGAUACUUGCAUAUCCUCUUCCCUACCGCUAUAUUCCGUGAACGGUCAUUCGCCUCUACGGACCGGCCAGCCAAAGACUAUAUACUACGAAGCUCGGAUCUCCAGGAAGAACAGGAGUGAGGUCAAUCUCGCAAUAGGCUACGCCGCAGGCCCGUAUCCCACGUUCCGACAACCGGGCUGGCACCGAGGGUCGCUGGCCGUGCACGGCGAUGACGGGAGUAAAUUCAUCAAUGACCGCUGGGGCGGCAAGGAUUUCACUACUCCGUUCAAACCUGGUGAGACGGUUGGACUUGGUAUGACCUUCACGGCGCGUGAUGUAGAUGCGCCGCCAUCAUAUUCAGGACCGCAAAACACCGUAGCGACGUCAAUCGACGUUGAAAUCUUCUUUACAAGAAAUGGAAGAAAGGACGGAGGAUGGAAUCUACAUGAAGAAGGUGAUUCUGUAGAGGAUCUGCCGGUGGAGGGGCUGGAGGGGUUCAAUGAUAUGUAUGCGGCGAUUGGCACGUUUGAGAACGUUGAGUUUGAGAUUAUUUUUAAUCCCGGCGAGUGGAUGUACCGUCCAUAG